AUGGACUCUUCUCAUGACAUCGACGCGAUUAUUACAGACAGAGAAGCUGCAGAAAUUCACACAAAUGGCUUACCUUUGCGAAUGAUAAUUGGAAAAAUCGUCGUGGGACUGUAUCUUUUUGGAAUUGCGGUCAUGGUUGUCGUCGAUUUGUUCUCAUACUGCCUUUUGCGAGAUAGAAGCGACAGCUACGCAAAGCAAGAAGAAAAAGAGGAUGUCUUUUUUGCCAAGCGAUACAAUAUGAACGCUUUCGUCUCGAGAAAAGGAAGUCUUCGGAGAGAUCAGAAGACAACGAUCGAUUCAAAAACCUUGACUUUGGAAUCAAAAGCAAAGCAUCAAUCCUUUUUGAACCCAAAACGACUUUCUCUCCACUCGAUUUGA